CGAGCCGGAAGUGGCUCAGUGGAUCACCGCUAACGGAGGCAGAAAGAUGGCCCACAGGCUGCUCGUACGCAGGAUCUGUUCGCUCUCUGCCAAAGACAUCUGCCGGCUGCGGUCCCCGGCCGCCGCCGUCGCCUCCUCCUCGUUCUCCACCUCCCUGCAGUCCUCCACAGCCCGGGUCUCCUUCCUCUCUCCGCCGCGCUCUCUGCCUCAUGCAUCCCGCCGGGAGGUCUCCUUCAACGUCCAGGACAACGAGGAUUUCACAGAGAGGGUCAUCAACAGCGAGCUGCCGGUGUUAGUGGACUUCCACGCACAGUGGUGCGGUCCCUGUAAGAUCCUGGGGCCGCGGUUGGAGAAGGCCAUCGCCAAGCAGAAGGGCCGCGUCGCCAUGGCCAAAGUGGACAUCGACGACCACACGGACCUGGCCAUCGAGUACGGGGUGUCCGCCGUCCCGACGGUGCUCGCCAUGCGCGGCGGCGACGUCGUCGACCACUUCGUGGGAAUCAAAGAUGAUGAUGAGCUGGACUCAUUUGUCAGCAAAGUCAUUGGACAAUAAGCCGCCGUGACGGCGCCGUUCCCCACGGUCGCUCGCCAAGCGACGCCUCGACCGCCAUCUGGAGCCCGUUCAACAAACCCGAUAGGACGAACCGUCAGUCGCUCGCACGCGAGCCUCCACUCCACCGUUCACCGCCGCUCUUCUUCCAUACUGUGACGGAUAUCUGUGAAUCUUCAUACUCCUGCAACUGCAAACGCUUUUUUUUUGUUUUGUUUUGUUUUUUCUGCUGUUAAAGACUGUAAGAGGGAAAUAAAGGCUCUGAUAGCAUCCAGUAGACGACGCCUGUGACAGUGUUAACUGUAGUUCCUGUGGUUGUCCACCAGAGGGUGGCGUUCCUCCAUCGAGCCACUCGGUCAUUUUUUUUUUACACCAUUAUGCCUAAAAACUGAGGGGGGGGGGGGGGGAGUGUGUGUAUGUGUGUUUGAACUGCGUGUACCAGGAAAAUGACCAAGUGAAGUAAUAAAGUCGUGGAAAGAUGUUCUGAGACA